UGAGUGACAGAAGCCAUUGACAUGCACUACACGCAUGCAGACAGGUCGUGAGACGCUGUCAGUCAGCUGUUGUCCACAUCUAUCUGUCUGUAUACGAGAUGCAGGCACACGUACAGAUCACUUGGAGGAUAACAAGAAAGAAACCAGUCAGUCACUGUGCCGAUCGACCUACUAUGUGUGUAUCUAAAAAGUGAGCGCAGUGGUCGAGGAGGAGGAAGACCAAACAUCAAUCACCCGACUCCAAAUGACAACAAACAACAGUAUGCUCACGUACUGAGCCGAGUGUAUCCAGGUGUGCUCUCUCUCUACCACCACUCACAUGCAAACACACUGAAAACUGUCUUGCUUCUUCUCUGCCUCCCCCUCGCCCCCCUGCCUCUCAGCCCGAACAGCAUCAACUCGAGGGUCUUCCCGUCGUCUCCUCCCUUGACAGGCAGAAGACCAACACAGACACAGCAUACAGCACAUCCACGGUGGACUGCACGCCACGCCCCUCGUCCACCUGUGUGCUCACUGACCUGCUUGCUGCCCUGCCGGUGUCGAGACGAUUGUGCUGCUGGCGUGUAAAUCUUGAUUGAACGAAUGCACAGACAGAAGGGAACACAUGCAGAAGGGAGGGCAGGUCACAAAUGAAAAGCUGGUCCCCGCCUGUCAGUCUGGCCGUUGGAUGCAUCAUCGACGUACGUACUUACCUGAGUUGGGCACACGGCGGAAUGAGAUGAAGUUCCCCCCUUGUUCCGUCCACUCCGUGCCUUCCCCUUCAGCGAAGAACUGGCUCGUCGGGACAGUCCGGUCCUUGACGAGGUCGUGACCGAUGAACUGACAGAGAGACAGACAGACAGAGGUGACCCACUGGAGGUCAUUGCCAUCCACCCCUCCCUCCCUCCCCUUGCCUGAAUCUCGCUCGCCCGCGCAUUCUGGACAUUCCCGUACAGCUCGAAGAGAUGCUCCUGCACGUCGCCGAUUGUCGGGGGGUCUGGGACACACUAGGCUGCUGUGGUGUCUGAGUCUGGGUCGUAUGCGGAUACCCCUGAACGACCAUCAGUCAUGUUGUAGAAUCGCACGAUCUCUCCUUUCGUCAUCGAGAGUUUGUCACACGGCGGAAGAAGAUGCUCUUCUUCCAGUCCGUGCCUUCCUUUUCACCAAAGAACUGGCUCGUCGGGAUAGUCCGGUCCUUGACGACAUCGUGACCGACGAACUGAAUCUCGCUCGCGCGCGCACCCUCGGUAUGCCUGUACAGCACGAUGAAAUGCCGCUGGCGAGUUCGGCAUUGCCUGCGUCAAGUCGCUGCUCAAGCUCCGUGGCAUCAAGGAGCUCAAGUUCCAGCCGCGGCCCAACGAUGCCUUCAAGCGGCUGGUGGAGAAGCGGACUGAUGGCGACACCAUCGAUGGGCUUGAGGGGCGGUAUGACAUCAGCUGGACGGACGAGGAGGAAGAUGAGGAAGAUGCGCUCACUCUCAAACCACUCGACGCUUUCGGGUGGUGGGAUG